AUGGCGGAGCCCGAUUCUCUCCCACGACGCUCCUCGUCCCUGGCUUCUUCUGGGUCCAGCAGAAGCCAAAGGGCUAGAACAUUACGUCCUCAAGCACACAAACGACACUCAACUUCCUCGAAUACAACGACCGACCUCACGUCUUUUCCCUCACUUUCUCCACCCGACCGCUCCCCCACCUUGACACGAGGCUUGACGAACACCUUGAUGGAGGGCGAUGACGGAGACAAGCCACACGAUACAGGUCGCGGACGCAAGGCAACGUUGGCAAAGUUGACAACUGGGGUAACUCACGCAGGCCGUGCAGCUCUGUUUGACGAUUCGGUUCCAACGCACGAUAUCCCCGGUGCCCUUCAUUUGGCGGACGAUGCACCCAUAGAGAGAUUAAUCGCGAAUAUUGGAGCCGUGAAAAUAGUGAGACAGUUCGCUCGCGAUCUAGCUCAACGGGAUGCCGAGAUCUCGGCUCUGAGACAGCGCGCUGAUGCCAGGGAGCGGGAGUUGAAACGCAUGCUUCGUGAAGUGUCAGUAUCCAACCAGGACAUUGAACGUCGUCUGUAUCAAUCGGAAAACUCACUAGACGAUCGCAUCUCGGAUGCAGAAAGCAGUCACAGCGGGGAUCAGAGCUCCCAGCAAUCAUCAGGGCUGAAUGGACUCAUGUCUCAAGCUAUGACAGAUGCGGUAGGGUCCCAGGUGGAUGAGGCCACGCCAAUGCCAUCUGAAUACCAGGCUACCAUUCGUGCGCAACGGUCUGAGAGUGAAGCCCGUCCAAAUGAGCUGGGUCCCAACCGAAAACGACAAGGGUCUCUUCGUGGGUGGCAAGAGUACUUGUUUGGUUCAACCAACGCCAGCCGGAAUACGAGCCGGGCUAGCAGCAUCAUGGGCGACAUGAUAGAAGUGGACGAAGAAAACAACACUGGGGGCUUUCGAGCGCCAAGUAACCCUACACUGCGACGCAAAGGGCUUGAUGAUCAAUUAUUCCAGCCUCCCGGGUCUGCGGUGAGCGAUGCUACUGGAAAGCGCAUUGUCAGUGCCUCUACAAACGGUGACGAUGCCAGCAUUCAUUCGCGCAAGUCUUCCCGUUCUAUCGGCUCGUGGACGGUGAAACUGUUCGCCGGCAAUUCGCAAGCAAAGGACAACAGCGACUCCGAAGGCAGCCGUACGAAGCCUUCGUCAGAGCAGAAUGUGCCUUUUGCCCAUUCCAAGGGAGGAAUGACUGCAGUUGCCGCGUUAAAGCGAAUCAACAGCAAUACCAAUGUUCCAUCAGUUAGAUCUAAUGGUGGGGGGAAUAGCAUCAGCAAGCUGACUCCUCCAAACGCACGAAGAAGCGUCGCGUCCGGAACUGUAUCACAAAGUGCAACACCCGAUGGUGCAGGGAACUCGACCAAUCUCGGCCCCGUCGAGAUGGAUGCCAUUCUGCCCAUGGAAUCCCGACCUCCUACCCUAGCGCCUAUUUACAAUAAAUCUCAGUCUGGCGAAUUUCUCACGGACAGAUUUGGGUUUAUCUAUGACCAGCGUCGAAAGCGACGCCAAAGAGAAGCUACCACGGCAAAGCCCACCAAACCUACCUUGAGCAUUGCUGAGACACUCGGCAACCUUCGCAGUGAUUCAUCGGACGAGGAUGAUGAUCUUCGCAACCGAAAAUCCGAAUCCACCAAAAUCCCGACCUCUCCCACAUUCUCCCCUGAUGACCCUGACAGUGGAUCGGUCGGACUGCGCCGGUGGCAGGACUACCUGAAAAUCCCAUCUCGCCCAACAGAACUUCUCUCUCAUACGCCUUCAGCCGCUCCGAUUGUUUCUUUGACUGAUGCAGCAGAAGGUCGUCUGCACAGUGCUUCCGUCUCAACUGAUAAAGGCUUGUCGGUGAACCCCAGUCCACGGCCAUCUGCAAGCACCUCAGCUGUCACUGCUGAUCGUCCCGAGUUUGCUGGAACUGUUUCCAAUGACCCUGCGACGCUGUCUAUGAGCAGGGCCGGUCCUGCUGAGACCGAGCCUGUUAAAUUAUUGUUGGAGCAGCUCACCGACCUCCAUGAUACACUGCAACGAGACCGUACUGUACGGUGGAAUGAAUUCCUGCGCAAAGUCCGCGCGGAGCGUCGAAAGGCAGGCGAAGCCGCAGCCGCAGCAUCCUCUGAUCGAACCGCCACAACAGUCGACACACCAGAGGCAACUCUCACCGAUGGUGAGCUUGUCGGGAUUGCCGGCCUGGGAAAUAAAGGCAAGGUCGGACGAGCUAAGUGGCGCGAACUCCGUAUGCUUGUUCUUGGUGGUAUUCCUGUCGCUCUUCGGGCCAAAGUGUGGUCUGAAUGCAGUGGGGCCUCUGCUAUGCGCAUUCCAGGAUAUUACGAUGAUCUUGUCCGCGGUGUCGGGGGGAUUGAGCCAGACUCGUCAGUUGUGGCUCAAAUCGACAUGGAUAUUCGGCGCACCUUAACGGACAACGUCUUCUUCCGUAAAGGGCCUGGGGUCGCUAAACUCAAGGAGGUCCUUUUAGCAUACUCACGCCGCAAUGCCGAGGUCGGGUACUGUCAGGGUAUGAAUCUUAUUGCCGCAUCCCUUUUGCUUAUAAUGCCUACGGCUGAAGAUGCAUUCUGGAUAUUGGUAUCGAUGAUCGAGAUCAUUCUCCCCCAGCAUUACUAUGAUCACGGUCUACUGGCGUCUCGUGCGGAUCAAGUUGUGUUGCGGCAGUACAUUUCUGAACUGUUGCCUAAGCUCUCAGAUCACCUGGAGAAUCUGGGCAUCGAAUUGGAAGCACUGACUUUCCAAUGGUUCUUGUCUGUGUUUACGGACUGUCUCUCUGCGGAAGCUCUGUACCGUGUCUGGGAUGUAGUUCUCUGUCUUAACGUGACGAGCUCUUUUACUCCCAGUGGUGUCAAGGAUGGAAAUGAAAAGGCUGCUCCGACACCCGAAGAACUUGCCUCAGGUAGUGGGGGAGGUAGCACGUUCCUGUUCCAGGUCGCCUUGGCACUGCUGAAGCUCAAUGAGCCACAGCUACUCACUACCUGCUCGACUCCUGCUGCCCUAUACACCUACAUCAAUCACCAAAUGACCAACCACGCCAUCAGCAUCGAUGGACUGAUUCAAGCAAGCGAGGCGCUGCGCAACAUGGUACGCCGAGAAGAAGUUGUUGCUCGUCGCGCCAUCGCCCUUCACGAGAUGCGCGGCAGCAACUGA